GGCUACCUCCGGGGUGCUGGGCAGCUGCUUGUAUCACGGGCCGGGAGCUAGAAAGGGGUUCAGUGGGCGCUGGGUCUGUGGCGCUCAGGGCUCAACACCGACGGCCUCCUCCUCUUCCUCGGGAUCAGGGGGCGCUGGGAGCAGGGAGAUGUAGACCUCGUUGACCUCUGUGUCCAAAUGUCGGCCGCCCCGAGGCGCCUCCAGGUUGAGGAUGCCGUCGUGGGAGAGUGCGGCGCGCACCCGCCAGGGGUCCACGUCGGCCGGCAGGACGUAGAAGCUUCACAAGACUGCGUAUAUAAGGGGCUGGCCGCAGCUGCAGCUGAAGGAGCUGACCAGCCAGCUGACCCCCCACACUCACCUAACCACCAUGGAUAUCGCCAUCCACCACCCCUGGAUCCGCCGCCCCUUCUUCCCUUUCCACUCUCCCAGCCGCCUCUUUGACCAGUUCUUUGGCGAGCACCUGUUGGAGUCUGAUCUCUUCCCAGCUUCUACUUCCCUGAGCCCCUUCUACCUUCGGCCGCCCUCAUUUCUGCGGGCACCCAGCUGGAUUGACACUGGCCUCUCUGAGAUGCGUCUGGAGAAGGACAGAUUCUCUGUCAACCUGGAUGUGAAGCACUUCUCCCCAGAGGAACUCAAGGUCAAGGUGCUGGGAGAUGUGAUUGAGGUGCAUGGCAAACAUGAAGAGCGCCAGGAUGAACAUGGUUUUAUCUCCCGGGAGUUCCACAGGAAAUACCGGAUCCCAGCUGACGUGGACCCUCUCGCCAUUACUUCGUCCCUGUCGUCUGAUGGGGUCCUCACUGUGAAUGGACCAAGGAAACAGGCCUCCGGCCCUGAGCGCACCAUUCCCAUCACCCGUGAAGAGAAGCCGGCUGUCACUGCAGCCCCCAAGAAGUAGAUGCCCUUUCCCUAACUGCAUUUUUUAAAACAAGAAAGUUCCCCAUCAAUGAAUGAAAACCUUGUGACUAGUGCUGAAGCUUAUUAAUGCUAAGGGCAGGCCCAAAUUAUUAAGCUAAUAAAUAUCAUUCAGCAACAGA